CAUAAAACGGAAAACUGUCGUUACGUAAAUUACAAGUGCAAAAAGUGCAAAAAGAAGGGUCAUUUACGUAAGAUGUGUAACCUUAAGUACGUUGAGUCAGAGGAGGUGAGCGAGGAUGAUGAUGUGCUCGCAGAUUAAACAUUACGGCGGAGUAAACAGAUGUCCAUUCAUUACGGACGAGUUAGUUUUAUAUAAAAACUUUACGAAUAAAAAACAUUUUACAUGGACCUUGGGAACUAUAGUGAAAAAUCUAGGUCGUGUGCUUUAUCUUAUAAAGGACAAUAAAACAAACAAAAUAGUAAAAAGGCAUGUUAACCAAGUUGUCAAAUAUAAGGGCCAAGUCACACCGACAGCCGUGAGUCAUCCCGAGCCAAACAAAACACCAGAAUGCUUCAGCGAGUCAUCAUCUCCUGACGUACCUCCCGUUUUCGAUGUCGGGCCUACUGGGGUGCCCAGCAUGUUAGCUGGUGGACCGGAGGCAAUGACUGGGCAAUCCCCGUCACACGAGCCUGUAGGCCGGAAUAACGAAGAUGAACUGACAAUGGGGGAAGAAGAGGGUGCGAGGCCUCUCGACACAGCGUCUGUGGCCGCGCCAAGGCCGGCUCCUGUGCCUGCGCCGGCAGCCGACGCCGGCUGCGCGCCGCCGCCGCCGCCGCCGCCGCCGCCGCCCGGCCCCGCAGCGGACGACGCGCCUCCCGACUCGGCGGACCCACAGGCCGCGUCCUCACGGCUCAAGCGGGCUCGCCCGCGGUUUGAUUAUAAAAAGUUUUUCUAAGCUGGUCGGACUGUGCUAGUUUUAAGUUAGGGUAAGAAACUAUGGGGAAGGGAUUGUUGUAUAUGCAUGCAUAGAUAGAUGUAAGUACGCUCGGUGGCUGCGCCCACCGCGAUAACGGUCUAAAUAAACUAG